UUCAUACUUCGCGCUCCGUAUAUUUGUAAAUUUAUUUUUGCACGAAUGUAUGCAUCGUAACCUCGUUUCGUGACCGUAUAGUUUUGUGACAGAAAUGUUUGCGAAGGCGUUAAAAUGGAAUAUCAUAAUUCAUUUUUUAUUUCAUAUUUUACUCAUCAACUGUUCACCUUCGAAUCACGAAACAAAGCAAAUAAGUACACCAGAUGCUCAAAAAGUAGAAGAACAAAAGAAACUGGAUGCCGUUCGAAAAUCUGAAGAGAAGAGGAAGCUCGAAGAAGCACGCAAAGAAGAAGAAAAAGAAAGAUCUGAAGAAUUACUGAGAAUUGAAAGAAUGAGAAUUUCUGGAGAGCUCAGGAAAGCUUGCUCUAAAAGGGGGAAUGCUGUCUUGCCUGCCACAAGGGUGAAUACAACCAUGGCGUUGCUCCAACUAAGAAAAAUUAUGAACCAAUCAACAGUGAUAGGAGAAGAUGCAAUUGAUGGUUACAUUAUUACAUCUGAUGAUGAACAUCAGACUGAGUUUGUUAGUGAAUAUGAUCGGAGAAGACAAUUUAUAACAGGCUUCAGUGGAAGUCAUGGAACUGCUAUAGUAACACAGGCUAAAGCUGCGUUGUGGACUGAUGGAAGAUACCAUUUAGAAGCUGAUGAUCAGAUGAGCUGCGAUUGGUUACUCUUGAGAUCUGGUCAAAGAGAUAUUCCAACAAUGUCAGAAUGGUUGAAAAAAGAAUUUCCAAAAGGUGCUAGAAUUGGCGUGGAUCCCAAGUUCAUUUCAGAGCAUAUGUGGCAAACAUUUAUCAGUGAUUUCAAGAACACAUCUUUAACUUUGGUUCCUAUUGGAAUUAAUCUUAUAGAUAUGAUCUGGACCAAAGAAAGACCAACUAAAAGGAAUAAGAGUGUUUUUAUUCAACAAGAGAAAUAUGCAGGAAGGUCUUGGAUAUCAAAAGUGGAAGAUCUAAGAAACCAGACCAGGAUUUUAGGUGCGGAUGCAAUAAUAGUUACAGCUUUGGAUGAAAUAGCUUGGUUAUUGAAUAUAAGAGGAAGAGAUGUACCUUAUUCACCAUUCGUGAGAAGCUAUGUUCUUGUAGAUAUGGUUAAAGUAAUUUUGUAUAUAAACCAAACACAAAUGAUUAAGCACAAUGUAAAAGCGCAUUUUCUGAAUACUGAAGGAGUAAGUGAGCAUUCGUUUGAAUUCAAAGACUACAACGACGUGUGGACUGAUCUUCCAACACAAACUCAAGCAUAUAAUCGUCUUCUCAUUCCAACAUUAUGUGAAAUGUCCCUAGGAGCAAGUCAUGCAAUUUAUGAAUUGAUACCACAGCAUAAACAAUUCCCAAAUCAUUCACCGAUAAUUUAUAUGAAAGCAGUGAAAAAUCCAACAGAAAUUGAGGGAAUGAAAAAUGCCCACAUAAGAGAUGCUGCAGCUAUGUGUGAAUUUUUUGCCUAUUUGGAUGAAAGGUUCAAAGAAAAUGAUGUAUUCACUGAAUUAGAUUUGGUGAAGACACUUGACGAGUUUCGUUUUGCACAAGAGAUGAGUAUAGGCAAUAGUUUUAGAACUAUUGUCGCCUUUGGUACAAAUGCUGCUUAUCCCCGGUAUGAACCUAGGAAUAUAACGAAUAAAGUCAUUUUUAACAACAGUACUUUGAUAUUGGACUCUGGAGGACAAUAUUUAGAUGGAACUACUGAUGUUACCAGAACAAUUCAUCUAGGAGUUCCAACCCAAGCACAGAGAAGAGCCUAUACAAAAGUAUUGAUAGGACACAUUCAGAUGUCAACUCUUACGUUUCCUGAAAAUCUGCAUGUUUCAUCAGUGGAUGUUUUGGCAAGAGCACCUUUAUGGGAAGUUGGCCUAGAUUACCUUCACCCUACUAGUCACGGAGUUGGUUCUUUUCUUGCAGUUCAUGAAUCUCCUAUAAAGGUGGAAUUCAAAUCUUAUGGUAAUCAAACUUUCAAACCAGGAUAUUUUCUAUCAUUAGAACCAGGGUAUUAUAGUGAAGGUGAAUUCGGCGUAAGAUUAGAAAAUGUUGUUGAAGUAGUCGAAAAAAAAUGGUUACCACCAGUUCAUGGUUACAAAUUUCUGGGAUUCAAAGAUAGAACUCUGGUGCCUUACAAUUCCAAAUUACUGGAUAUGGAACUAUUAUCAUCAUUUCAUAGGAGGUGGCUGAACAAAUAUAAUAAAAAAAUUAGAACGCUUGUAGGAUUAGAACUCAAGAAGCAAAUGUUGGAGAAAGGAUUUCGAUGGUUGAUGGACAAUACUGCCUACAUUCCUGAAAAUAGUCGAAGCAGUAGAUUAGUCUUUCAUUCAUCACUCUUUUUAUUACCUCUUUCGAUCAUUUUAAAAGUGAAUUUUCGAUAUUUAUGACAGUAUAACCAAAUCAAAUGAUGGAAUUUUUUUUCAAUUUCAAAUGUCUACUACUUGGUUUCGAAAGACUCCUCAUGAAAAUUACUUAAUUGUAUUGAUAUGAUUCGAAGACGCUACUAUGAAAAAUAUAUAA